GAAUGGCUGAGCUGCAGCUGGCUUUGUUUCCACCUGUGGAUUCUGUGGUGGCAGCUCCCCAGCUUCCAGCGGCAGGAAGAUACAGUUCUGAAGUCCCAGCCCACCAACCCCAGCUGGAACACUUGAAGAGCACUUUUCACCACAAACUCCUACAUGGCAAAGAGGAAAGUUUAAAGGAUCUCUACACCCAAAAAAGCCAAAGCUAUUCAUAUUCUCUUUCUGCAGAAAGCAGUCAACACAGCUCUGGACAGGGAAGCUUCUGCUUAGCUGGACUCCAGAGCAAAUACCUUACCAGCCACGCCAAGACUCUGCCCUCUAAAUCAGCAGCCAGACGGAGAGAAGGAGUGGACCGUUCAUAUCCCCUGAAACCAAUCUUUCACCGCAAGGCUGGAAGUGUUCCAGUGGUCAACACAGGACAGCUCAGAAGCCCCCCAUACAUGGAGGAGUCUCUAAGCAGUCGGUCUAGCUCAAAGAGCAAAGGGAAGCCUCCAGCAGGGAGGUCUCAGCUAGCUGCAGUGCUGUCUCCUUGGACAGUAGAACCGAAACAGUCAGCCUCCCCUCUCUACAGGAGAGAGCUGGCUUACAUCCUAAGGCUGGAGGCAGACGGACAGAAUCUGGAAGAGGAGAUCCAAAAGAAAGAGGCCCUGCUCAGAGAGAAGCUGAAGAGGACGAAGGAGGAGCUUAGGAGGAUUCAAAGAGAGAAGGAGCUGGUGGAGGCAGAGGAGAGAAGAGCCAGGGAAGCAGAGAGGACCCCUGAGCGGAAGGCCACGAGGCGCUCGGAAGAGAACAUUUUGAGAGUUGCAGUCAGGCCUGGUGAUGGGGACUUCGAUAGGGCGCUGUCUCCAGAGAUCGCUUGGCCCAAGCUAGGCACCAGCCUCCAUCCGCAAGAGCUAGCCAUGGGGAAGCUCAAGAAGGAACGUUUGGUGGCCAGCAAUAGCAAAAUACGAGACCGCUUACCUGUGGAGGAUGUAGCCUCGCGCUCAGAGCCAGUCUCAAAACAUAGCCCUUCUCCCUCUACCCUUUCAGAUCAGGACUCUGGUGACCACCUAGCCACAGAGAUGCUGUACGCACAGGCUGCCAGCGCUGCGGAGCAAGGGGAGCUGGGGCAGUGCAGCUUCUGUGGACGUAGGUUUCUCUGCACCAGGCUUGAGAAGCACGCAAGUAUCUGCAGCAAGAGCCAAGGCUCUAAGAGGAAGGUGUUUGACUCGAGCAAGGCUAGAGCCAGGGGAACAGAGCUGGAGCAGUAUCGGCAGUGGAAGAGCUCAGAGAGCCCUCAGAAGGAGCCACCCAGGAAGAACAACUGGAGGCAGAAGCACGAAUCAUUCAUCCAGACGCUGCGCCAGGCCCGCCAGGUGCAGCAAACGCUCUCCAAGGGAGGAAAGGUGUCCAAGCUGCCCCCGCUGCCGCCUGUUGAGAACCCAGACUACGUUGCCUGUCCCUACUGCAGCCGACGAUUUGCACCCAAAGUAGCCGAGAGACAUAUUCCCAAAUGCAAGACCAUCAAGAACAGGCCCCCGCCGCCGCCUCAGAAGAGGCGCUGCUGAGGCGGUGCCCAGCUGUACCUGCUGCUGAGAUUCCCUGCCUGCUUUCUGCCAGGUUUC